AUCAAAACCAAACCAAAUACGAGUAAGCAUUCUAAAUCUCAUUCAACCAAUCAAUCAAUAUAAAAACACAUAAUCAUCAUUUUGUCCACACUACAAAACAAAAAAAAAAACAUCAUCGUGUGACAAAACAAUGGGUCUAAUAGAUCUGGAAAAGCACUUUGCAUUCUACAGAACUUAUCAUACAAACCCAUUAAACGUAGCAAUUCAUAUAAUCAUUAUUUUGCCUCUCUUUUUAACUUCUCUUAUUAUUCUUUAUUUCACACCUCCUAUUUUCACACCUUCCCAAACACUCCUUAAUUUUAUACACCCUGUUUUUGUUUUCAAUCUUGGUUUCAUUGUUACACUUUUCUAUGCUCUCUUUUACGCUGCUUUGGAUAUUAAAGCUGGUUCUUUUGUAGCUGUUUUCAUUUUUCUUGGUUGGGUUUCUUCUAGUUUCGUCGCUAAUUCACUUGGCUUCGAACUCGCUUGGAAGGUUGUGUUGGCUACUCAGUUGAUUGGUUUAAUUGGAGGGUCUAUUGGACAUGCGGCGUUUGAGGAGAAACAUGCACCAGUAUUGGAAAACCUUGCUCAUGUUCUUGUAAUCGAACCUUUCUUAGUGAUUCUCGAGAUCCUUCAAUCAACCAUUGGAUAUGAACCAUAUCCUGGAUUUCAGACAAAGGUGAAGGCAAGGAUAGAAGCUAACAUCAAAGAAUGGCAGAACAAGGGACAAAAGAAAAUUUCUUAGGUUGAAAAACUUGUUUAUAAAUGUUAUUGUUGUAGAUCAUUCCUCUGGAAACAGAAACAUAAAUCAAUAUAUGCAGGGUUUGACACAAAAUAUUAAGUACCAAAAGCAAAAUUUGAUAUAUUUGCAGUAGAAAAAAAGUUUUAAUGCAUUUCAAUAAUAAUGUAAUGAUGGCUGAUUUAUUGUCACAAAACAACUUCAUAUGGCUUCAUACUUUAUCUUUAAAUCUUCUAGCACAAGUUUCAUUCAUAAUAGUUCACAAA